AUGCCCGUCAUCCCGUUUUUUCUAGCCAACACCACGACCCUCGACUCGGUCCGCCCCCUGUUGAUUUUGACCGAGGAACAAACCGAUCUUUUGGUGACAAUCGAGCGGGCGCUGGGGUCUGUCUCUCUGGCUGCCGUCACGCUAGUUUUCGUGGCCUUUGCUUUGUUCCGUUCUCUUCGGACGGUUCCCAAUUGCUUUUUGGUGUGCUCGUCAGUCGCGAAUGUAUUCUCAUCGGUGGCUACCCUUAUGACUCAGGAUGGCCUAAGAACGGCUAUUCAGGAUGGGGACAAGGGGUUGUGCAACGCACAGGGAUUUCUAUUUCAGAUGUUCUUGCAGUCCAAUCCAUGGUGGUCGUUUGCUAUGGCUAUCAAUGUGCUGAUUGUAUUUCGAUAUGGUGCCGACCCGGGACACUUUAGGAGGUGGUGGUGGGUAUACUGCUCGAUCUGUUAUGGUGGACCAGGAAUUUCUGCCGGUAUUUUGCUCGCCCUGGGCUACUAUGGCAAUGCUAGGAUAUGGUGUUGGAUUGAUUCCUCACAUCAAAUGCUACGGAUCUACACCCAGUACCUCCCAGUCUGGAUCUGCAUCUUGGGCACUCUCCUGAUCUACCUAGGUCUUGGGAUCCAUAUAUUUCGAUCCCGAAACGAUGUUGACACGAAGUUUCCUCUGAGAGCAAGCCCCGAACACCCACCCAUCCUCCAACCCAUACCGCGCGACAGGAAGUCCUUUUUGUCAUUGAGCGACUGGCCUCUGUCCCCAUUUACUAGUAGCGCCCUGUUUCCAGAAUCGCCCGACGGUACACACCCCCUCGCGCCGAUGCCUAUGACUGUUACUCGUGCGCAGUCUAACCACACCCGAAAGAGCCGGUCUAUACACACCCGCCCAAGCCGAUCGAUCCGAACCCAACAAAGCCGGUCUACAAGAGCUGCCCUACCAACCAGGGUAGCCAGUGCACCGUCGAAACGAAGCUCAGUUUACAUGCGUGCCUUUGGGCUCAACCCCCGCCGAGCUCCCUCCCCUCCUCCAACUCUUAGUGAACAAGACGGAACCUUGGAACCUCGAAGGGCGGAACCUCAAAGUGUGAAUGGCUUAAGGGAGAUAAUAAGCGCAUUUACCAUCGACGACCCAGUCAAGCGGUCAUAUCUACUGACUGCGGGCCUCUCCGCCUUUGCAAUUCUGGCCACAUGGAUACCAAGCAGCAUCUUUCGCGUCAACCAGAUUCUCCAUGGACACACAAACUUCCCAGCAUACGUAGCCUCUACCGCUGCGUUAUCAAUCCAAGGGGUCUGCAACUUUCUAAUCUUCUUCUUGAUCAACAGACGGACCUGCGUAUCUUGCGUCAGGGACAGACUUUCCACACCCCAGCAGUCCCGAAUGUCGGCCUCGCUCGAUCAUGGACAGAGAUCAAGGCCACUGACGACGGUCCAUGUCGGAAUACAAACCGAGCUCCACCGCGACAUCAUUGGGCUGGCCGAGAGCGCGGAUAUUGCCAUCGAGACCAAGAGCAUCAAAACCCUUCCUGAGGUCACCGAGAUAUACCAGAACAAUGACAUCCUUACCCACCCACUGCCGUCGCGAGAAAAGGACGCCCAGGGUCCAGCAAGCACAACAAACCUCGCGGCGACGAUGACCACCCCACCCACAGCGCACCUGAAACCGCAACCAUCUAAGCGCUCCCUUCGUCCAAUCGGCCCAGUGCUCAAAGAGAAGCUCUCAUCCAGCAACAUGAGAAGAGACCUCACGGUUCGAAUCCCCUGGCGCAGCCCAAGUAGAACAAGCAACUGGAGCCUCUCAACAACGGGAAGGAACAAGAAGGACGAGGAAGGCUCAAGGGAAGGGGAGUCCUCCCAGCGAAGCUACAGCUGGGACUUCUUGGACAUUGGUCUAGAAAACAGAGGCAACAUUUUGGCUGCUAUCAGCAGCAGGGGAACACCGACCGGGAGUGGUGGAAGUCCGAUAACGCUCCACAGCAGAGGAGUUUCGUCGCCUUGCUGA